AUGGACGGAGGGAGCAGAAUGCCUCUCUGGGGCCUCCUGCUGGUGAUCUGGAGCUCCUGCACCUUCAGUCUCCCUGCAGACACCAGCGCCUUCAGAAGGAUCUUCCUCAAGAAAAUGCCCUCAGUCCGGGAGAGCCUGAAGGAGCGAGGUGUGGACGUGGCCAGGCUGGGCGCUGAAUGGAGCCAGUUCACCAAGACGCUCUCCUCGGGCAACAGCACCUCCCCUGUGGUCCUCACCAACUACCUGGACACCCAGUACUACGGCGAGAUCAGCAUUGGCACGCCACCCCAGACCUUCAAAGUCAUCUUUGACACAGGCUCUGCGAACCUCUGGGUCCCCUCCACGAAGUGCAGCCCACUCUACAUGGCCUGUGAGAUUCACAGCCCCUAUGACUCCUCGGAAUCCUCCAGCUACAUGGAGAACGGGACGGAAUUCACCAUCCGCUACGGGUCCGGGAAGGUCAAAGGCUUCCUGAGCCAGGAUGUGGUGACCGUGGGCGGGAUCACGGUGACGCAAACAUUUGGAGAGGUCACGGAGCUGCCCCUCAUCCCCUUCAUGCUCGCCAAGUUUGACGGGGUCCUGGGCAUGGGCUUCCCUGCACAGGCCGUCGGCGGGGUCACCCCGGUCUUUGACCACAUCCUCUCCCAGAGGGUGCUAAAGGAGGACGUCUUCUCGGUCUACUACAGCAGGAAUUCCAAGAAUUCCCACUUGCUGGGGGGAGAGAUUGUGCUGGGAGGCAGCGACCCUCAGUAUCACCAAGGGAAUUUCCACUACGUGAGCGUGGGCAAGACUGGCUCCUGGCAGAUCACAAUGAAAGGGGUGUCCGUGAGGUCGGCCACCCUGCUCUGUGAGGAGGGCUGCAUGGCGGUGGUGGACACUGGAGCAUCCUACAUCUCGGGUCCCACCAGCUCCCUGAGGCUGCUCAUGGAGACCCUGGGGGCCACGGAGCUGAGCACAGAUGAAUAUGCCGUGAACUGUAACCAGGUGCCCACACUCCCUGACAUCUCCUUCCACCUCGGAGGCAGAGCCUACACCCUCACCAGUGCUGACUAUGUGUUACAGGACCCCUACAGCAACGGCGAUCUGUGCACUCUGGCCCUCCACGGCCUGGAUGUCCCACCACCCACCGGGCCUGUCUGGGUCCUGGGCGCCAGCUUCAUCAGGAAGUUCUACACGGAGUUUGAUCGACAUAAUAAUCGCAUUGGCUUUGCCUUAGCCCGCUGA